UCUACCUCAGUUCUGUGAAGUGAUCCACUGUUUGAUACCAGGCUGCUUUUUGGCAUCAAGUGUUUGUCAUGUUCUGACCAUAAAGAAAAGUUUAAAAGCACAAUUAAUCAUCUUGUUUUCUUCAGAAGCAAAAAUACACAGGCGCACCGCUGAAGAGAGGUAAAUAUGGAGGAAAACAAAUCACGGUGAAAGACCCACUUUAGAAAGUUUUUUUAACCUGUAGUUAUAGAUAAUUUGGACCUGCACAAAUGAGAGGAGGACGUGAUGUAGGCUACAGUUUGAACUAAACAGAACGAUCAGAUCUUCCUCCAACCACUUUAACUUGCGUCUCCUAAUCUUGCAGCCACGACUGACGAGCCGCGGGACUUUUAAAUUAAAUGAAUCCUCCAUGGAAUAUAGUUUAGAGUUUGCUUCUGUUUUACAAUCUAUGUUUGUUUUUCUAUACUGUAUAUUUUCUGCUAUGUAGCAGAAAGGAGUUACAAACCACAUUUUAUUUUACAACCCUGUUCUAAUGUGACCGUUAAACCUACCUUGUACCUUGUAUCAUUUCCGAUUGCAUCUGGAGGCUGAACGGAGGAUGACGAGACAGGAAGACUUCCUAGUACAAGAAAACAAUUUCAGAAGGAAUGCUUGGUUGAUUAUCGAUUACAUGGUGAAUCGGAGUCCAGAACCUUCAGCGUUAGUGGAUGAGAUUCUUCACAGCAUCUUCUUCUUGGGAAACAUCAAGGCUCCACCAUCAUUUUCACCUACAGAAAUUGUGACCGAUCAAGACAUGCUCAAUGCCUUGAGGCACCGCUACCCUCAGCCUUUUGAACGCUAUUCCUCUCAAGUCCCCAGGCGAUGUCCAAUGUCAUGUGUGCUCGACAUGACUGUAGCUCUGAACAGACAAGAGAAUGAAAGAGCAAUAAUUGAUAGUGUGCUUAAUCUCACCGGUCAACUGAGGGGUAGCUCAAAGCAUCUGGUCUCCUCCACCAUCUGUGUCUCCCAGAAUACUUCAGACAGGUACUAUGGAGUCUCCAUGUCCACUUCUGGCCCUCUUCCCGGGAAAAUCAUGAUUGCAGCGUCCUGUCUUAGCACCUGGGACAGUAACGUAGCUGGUGCAGUGAUGACUUACUAUCCAAAUAAUGAAAUGAAUACAAACUUUGAUGGAACCAUCAGACUUCCAGAGCAAAUCAGGUGCCAGGCGUUUAGCUUAAAACCGCGUGAAAACCCGUUCAUGCCUUCUUGCAGAUCAUGUCAGGAUUUGUUUGGUUUGACAGCAAAUAACAAUAUAAACUUUCCCUAUGGAAACUGUGCUGAAGUUGAAAGUUUGAGCAACUUGCUUAAAAAUGAGAGUGAGACAGUGAGAGUGGAGCAUGCUGAAACAUGGACAGAUGAGAACAGGGAGCAGGUUGAACUUAGCGUCAGGGAAAUGCUUACAAAUUUUCUGACAGACCGUGGCUUUACAUGGGAUAACAAUUUCUACACCCCAGAUGUUUGAUCUUCAGGGAGGUCUUAUGGUCCAUUAUUAUAAAGUGACCAGAUCGAUGGUGCUGGUUUUGAUCAGUAAAAACUUCUCUGUAACCCUCUAGGCAGUUAACGCUGCAUCUGUUUUUUGUGGAUCUGAAUUUCAUGUCAUAUACAAAUUGUUAAUGCUCCAGCUACUCGCUCCUGUAACAAUAAAGAAAGGAAUACAUGGCAAAACAUUGUAAGCCAGAUGUCUGUUAACUGUUUGAAUUAAGCAUGCAGAAGAUGCAAAUGUUGAUGUAUUGAUCAUGUUAUUAACAAUAAAUAAUGGUGGUGUAAACUGUA